AGUGGGCGGGGAGUCGCAUCCGAUUGGCUCAACCGGUGUCCAUCACCGCAGGUCCACAGCAAACGAGCUAACUAUCUCGACACAUCCAAAGCACCGUGAAUGAAGCAGAGCGGCGAGAAACCCGCGGGUUACUCAUUUAAAUCUUUUUUUAUUCUUUUAUUUGUAUAUAUAUAUUUAAAAAUUAAAUCUGUUAUUGCAGAAACCGGGACGGAAGCAGAGGAUGGUGGUCCCUGACGGUGUGAGUGUGGUCCAGCCGGCGGUCAGCGGUGAUGCAGACCAGGUGAUGUCCAGCUCAGAGCCCAGUGUGAGUGUGCUGGAGCUGCAGGAGCUGGUGCGCCGUCUGGAGGUCCAGAAUCAAGCCCUGCGCUCCAGGACCGGCCGAACCCACCGGGCCAUGGACACUUCCCCCGGAGCAGAGGAUGCUGGGAACCUCACGGGCAGCAGUGAGGACGUGUCUCCGCUGGCCCAGGCGUCCAGGCCGGAGGACGAGGACGAGGAGGGAGUCUCAGGACGCUUCGGGCCGGAUCUGUCUCCUGAUCUCUGUGAAUCAGACGCUCUGGGAGCCAGUGAUGCUGGGAUGGACCAGUCCGGCCUGGACGAGGUGGAUGAGCUCGACUUAGACACCUGCGCUCAGACCGAGGACGAAGACCGCUGGUUGUAUGUUUCACCAAAGAAGCAGGUUGUGGCUGAACUGGGGCCUGAAUCGCCGCUCAAAUGGUGUCGAAAGGUCCUGGAUCAUCCCAGUCCUGAGACGGAGGUCGCCUGUCGCACGCUCAUCCACCGGCUGGACCAAUCGUCCAGAUGGAAGAACGUGUACAGCAGCCCGUCUCAGUCCAGUGAGGCUCUCGGCUCAGCGUCCUCGUCUGCUGGGUACAUCACAUCAACUAACAAAACACUACUAACCUCUGGCAGCUCAGGUGCCCCGGCGCUCAGCUCUCAGUCGUCUGUGGACAGUGAGGUCAGCACCUCGGAUGACUCCAUCUCUAUGGGCUACAAGCUGCAGGACCUGACGGAUGUCCAGAUAAUGGCUCGUCUGCAGGAGGAGAGUCUCCGUCAGGACUACGCCUCGACCUCGGCCUCGCGCCGCAGCUCCUCGGCCUCCCUGCAGUCUCUGCGCCGGGGCACCUUCAGCGAUCAGGAGCUGGAGGACGAGGAGGACGAGUGCUGCUCUCUGCCCCGGCGGCUCCAGCGCUGCUCGCCCCACGGCUCGCCCUCGCCCCGCUGCCUGUCGCCCAGCGCACUGACCGAGUCCAGCCGCACACACACCACCCGCUCGCUGCAGGGACCCCGACACAACACUGAGGAGGAGCUCAGACACAGCAUGCCUAACCUGACCCCGCGCAGCAGUCUGCGGUCUCUGGAGGCCGUCAGAAACAGCCGUAGCAUGGAGGCUAACUUACAGAGCUCAGGCCACCGCACGUCCCGCCUGCCCCAGACCCCCACAGGUGUGUCAUCUGUGAGGAAGCGGGCUGAGGGCCAGUCCCCUCUCUAUCUGCGGGCUCCCAUGAAAGCCCUGGGCUCCGUCAGCUCCAUGUCUGCGCUGCGACAGCAGGCCAAAGGGCCAGCGAGUGCCCAGGGAGGGCUGAGGAGGGUGCAGUCGCCCGCUCCCAACAACAGGGCGUCAUGCUCGGGCUCCAGGAGCGCUGCGGUCGCCCGGCAGACACCAGGAAGAGGCUCGACACCCGCUUCCCCUUCGUCCAGAAGCAGACUUCCACAGACGCCCAGGAGAUCUCUGGGAAUGACCAAACCGUGUGCUCCCAUCACUGAUGAAGCCUGGAGAGAUGGUUGUUACUGAAGCCCCGGGAACUUCUCGCAGCUGAAUCCACUAAAGACAUGGCAGAGAAAAAUCCCUAAAACCUGAGCCUCCAUGAUGAGAGCAACCUUGGAUCGGACACAGUUUGUGUUCACAGACUACAACAGAUUAUAAUAUUUGCUUGAGAUUAUAAUUAAUUUCCAUGAGAAUGGGGAAAAACUUGAAUAAUGAAAAAGGUUUGAUGUCCUGUAAUACUUGUUUUUGUGAAACAAUGUGUGGAAUUUAAUUCCUAAAUGCUGUGGAUGAACCUGAUGUUGAUUUCUGCAUGUUUAUCUAUUUUUAGAAAUGAAGGAUAUAUGAUUUUUAUUUGGAAAAAAAAAGUGUGAAUUUUUAAUUUGAUGAAAGAAUUGUGUUCUGUAAACUAAAGCAAGAAAAGUCGAGACAAACACAGCAACAGUCUUCACAAACACUGACCUCAGAGAAGAAAAUAGUUUUAAUAUUUAAUUCUAAUGGAGCUCGCAUCAAUGUGUCAGGUGCAUUACUACUGCAACACUGUUCCUACACCUUCACUCCAUCUACAAGUGUGAUGCCUGUGUAGUCUAGGUGUAAAUAUGCACUAAGGCAGUACAAUUGGAAAUAUAUGAGUAUGCAAUGAUAAUGGGAGUGCCUCAGAAAAUCAAUAAACCCAUUUCAGCAAUAAACCUAA